CGAAAACGAGAUUUUACAACUGCAACACUUUCACAGAGGAAAGUCUUAUUGUGUGGGAAAUCUGUUAUCUAUAGAUUUGGCCUUGAGCUUGAAACUAACGGGAGCCAGGCGAAAGCAGUAGAUUAACGACACCUAGAAUUGCUGAUUAAAGAUGAGAGCGGCCAGCUAGCUUAGCUGCUUUAGCUAGCAUGAUUUGAUGGAGUCUGACAGGGUUGGAUAACCACGAUGGAGCGGCAGCGAACGACGUUGAUAUAGUAGUUAUAGCCAGAUACAGUGAUGCGUUAAAAGCGGUCGUUUUGGACACAGUAACUGAAGGCGGACAGCAACACGUUAUGCAGUCAUGAAGCGGAUUCGCACUGAGCAGAUCCAGUAUGCCGUGGCUCAGUACCUGAAGAGGAGGCAGUAUGUGGACACUGACGGCUCCCUGAAAGGAGCCAAGCUCUACCAGUCCCCCGAAGAAAUGGCUGCAAGUCUCACGGUGCAGACGGAGUCAGGAUGUUCCAAUGUCGUUUCUGCUGCACCAUGCCAGUAUGACCCACAGCAGUAUGAGAUUCAGUAUUCCAAGCUCCGCGCCUUCCUGUCAGAAGCAGACAUAUCCUGGGCUAAAGAGGUGAGCAGUGUCCUCUAUCCACUCUUCGUCUACCUCCACCUGGACAUGGUGCGCUUUGGACUGAAGGGGGCUGUGGAUGGUUUUUACAGUCGUUUUCAUGGCGCCUUUCUUCAGGACAGUGAGCAGCGUACCAUCAUAGAGCAGCUCCGCCAUGUCCUCAGUGCACAAGACAUUGUGACCAACCCCAAGCUGAAUGCUUUCUUAGAGCACAAAUAUGUGGUUCACCUGACGGAGCCAGCCUACGGCUACCUGCUGCGUUACCUGCAGAGUGAGGACAACAGUGCCCUCUGUAGGAUCCUCAGUACACACCUGCAGCUGGAGGUCAGUGCCUUGAGGCGGACAGAUUACCAGCUCUAUGGAGCUGCUGGCGGGUCGACAGCUGCUCCAAACUCCACCUCCUCUUGGGCCGGAGUGGAUGGAACAGAGAGUGGUGACGGGGUGGAGGUCCCAGCAGGGAUCCCACAGAAUGAGGCAGCCCUUGAGGCUCUGCAGGACUGCGUUAAGAAAGUCCGCGAGGGACCACCGUCACUCACCACCGUCUGUUUUUACGCCUUCCACCACACGGAGCAGAUGCUGAACACUGCUGAGGUCUCGGCUGACAGUCGGUUGCUGGCCGGUGGAUUUGACACCUCCACGGUAAAGCUGUGGAGCCUCCGUGCCAGAAAACUCAAGGCCAGACCCCAUCAGGCUGAUGUGUCACACAUCCACCUGGCAUGUGACGUACUGGAGGAGGAAGUAGAUGAAGAGGACAGCUCAGGCAGUGAGAUAAAGACGCUGCGAGGUCACAGUGGCCCAGUAUUUCGUACCGCCUUCCUCACAGACAGCUCCGGCUUGCUCUCGUGCUCUGAGGACACAACCAUCCGCUACUGGGACCUGGGCAGCUUCACCAACACGGUGCUCUACCAGGGGCACGUCUACCCAGUAUGGGAUGUGGACGUCAGCCCCUGCAGCCUUUACUUUGCCAGUUGCUCUCACGAUCGCACCGCCCGUCUCUGGACGUUCUCCCGGACAUACCCACUGAGGCUCUAUGCAGGGCAUCUUUCUGAUGUUGACUGUGUGAAAUUCCACCCGAACUCCAACUAUUUAGCCACCGGUUCCACAGACAAGACUGUGCGACUCUGGAGCACCCAGCAGGGGGCGUCUGUUCGCCUUUUCACGGGCCACCGUGGCCCUGUGCUGUCACUCGCUUUCUCACCGAAUGGCAAGUACUUGGCGUCAGCUGGUGAAGACCAGCGGGUGAAGCUGUGGGAUUUGGCAUCUGGGACUUUGUUCAAAGACCUAAGGGGACACACAGAUAGUGUCACCAGCCUGUCCUUCAGUCCGGACAGCAGCCUAGUGGCAUCUUCAUCUAUGGACAACUCAGUGCGGGUGUGGGACAUCCGCAACUCACACGGUGGGACGUCAGCUGACAGCUCGUCCAGCGAAUUGGUGGGAAUGUACACUGGAAACACCAGCAACGUGCUCAAUGUCCAGUUUAUGGCCUGCAACUUGCUGCUGGUGACGGGAACCGCACAAGAGAAAGCAGAGCAGUAGAUGUAGCCGUCACAUCUGGAGCUCUUUUGGGCGAGAGCUGAAUGUUUCCCUGUGUCUGAAACUCAGGAGCCAAAUCCUGAGAUACAUGUUUUUGUUCUCUUUCCUUCAAAUUUCAUUCUUCAUGAACUGGCUUUUUUUUUUUUUUGGGAAAUAAAGAAAUAAAUUACCAAAGUGAAUUCAUGGUAUGUCAGUAUUGAAGAAUCUCCCAGUUUCUUGUUUAACUGAUGAUCUAAAAAUUGUUAAGUUCUGUUUUUCUGUUGUGAUGUAAAUUCAGGAAAUAUUGUUACUGUUGGAAUAACUGACACUAUCAGGCAGCUUUAUCCCAAAAGGAAACUUUAAUAUUUCAAACCUGAGACGUGUACAAUAAAGUGCGUUCAACAUUGCCCGGCUUUCUUUGGAUUAGGCAGCGAGACGAAGCCUAAACCCAAACCCCUUCUGUCACAAUUCUUUAUCAGCUUUCGCUGCUAAUUCAAGCUCUGCUUCUGGUGUUUGACG